CAGAACAAUCUUCCACAUUUGAACAUUUCAGUUGAGAGGUCACGUUCACUCAGACCAACAUGAACCAGGUUCUAAGUUAACCAAAAAUGCCAUCAUCCUUCACCUUUAUUUCCCAUUUGCUCCUCCACCAAACAACCUUCUCUUCUCUUCUCUUCUCUUCUGGCAGAACCAGUCAAAGCCACAACCAAGUGCUUUCUUGCAAAACCCAGUUGGUGAAUCUGUAAGCUUGCUGUUUACUUUGCUUGUUUGCCAGUUUUGGGCUCUCUGCUUGAUGGGUCUUCUUCAAGUUAGCAAUUUUUGUUCUUGGUCUGUGAUGUAGCUGAUCUUGUAUUGUUGGGAUUCUUCUUCAUCUGGGUUUCUUUACUAAAUGAUGGAGAUAGUGAGAAACGUUAAUUUGGACUUGUUUGUUCAAUUCAGGAUUUUCUACAAAAGGGUUUUGAAUUUUGGUAAUGAGAUCAUGAAGGGUCAUGGUAAAAUCUGGGGUUUUCAAACUUUCAAUGGACUAGUUGCAAUUGGCUCAUUGGUGUCUUUUGUUGUUGCCAUGUCAUGUGCAUUUUUGUAUUUGUUUCCCAGGGUUCCCCCAGUGGUUCAUAGCUACGGAAUUUCUAAUUCCACUACUUCUGUUGAAAAAUGUAAUGUUUUUGAAGGAAGAUGGAUUCCAGAUGAAAGUUACCCUUUGUACAAUGCCUCACAAUGCCCAUUUGCAGAAAUUGGAUUUAAUUGCUUGGCUAAUGGGCGGAAAGAUAAGGGUUAUGCUAAAUGGAGGUGGAAGCCAAAGAAUUGUGAUAUUCCUAGAUUUGAUGUGCGUGCAGUUCUUGAAACUCUUCGUGGGAAACGGAUUGUUUUUGUUGGUGACUCUUUAGGUAGAACACAGUGGGAAUCUUUGAUAUGUUUACUCAUGACAGGGUUGGAGGAUAAGAAGAGUGUUUAUGAAGUGAAUGGGAAUAAAAUCACUAAGCGGAUUAGAUUUUUAGCCGUACGGUUUAGUUCGUUUGAUCUCAGAAUUGACUUUUAUCGGUCAGUUUUCCUAGUGCAGCCGGCUUCAGCUCCAAACCGAGCACCAAAGAGGGUUAAGUCAACGCUCAGAGUUGACAAAUUGGAUGAAAUUAGCAAAGACUGGAUUGAUUCUGAUAUUUUGAUUUUCAAUUCAGGGCACUGGUGGACACCAAGUAAACUUUUUGAAAUGGGCUGCUAUUUUCAAGAGGGUAAAUCACUGAAGCUUGGAAUGCCAAUCACCACUGCCUUCAAGACAGCUUUAAACACUUGGGCAUCUUGGGCCGAGACAAUGAUCAAUACAAACAGAACAAGUGUAUUUUUCAGGAGUUUUGAGACAUCCCAUUGGAGUGGCCAUAACCAUAAUUCAUGCAAAGUGACUCAACAUCCUUUGUCAAGCUCUAAGGGAAGGGACCAAAGCUCAAUUUCAAACAUCAUUAUCAAGAUUGUGAGGAAAAUGACCGUCCCUGUAACUGUUCUGCAUGUUACACCUAUGGUAGCAUUCCGAAGUGAUGGCCAUGUGGGUACUUGGAGCGAUAAUCCAUCAGUGCCUGAUUGUAGCCAUUGGUGCCUACCUGGUGUACCUGAUAUGUGGAAUGAAAUUCUCUUGUCAUAUCUGCUACCCGGGAAUGAUAUUUCCCUUCAAUGACGGGUUUUUGCGAUUAUGCUUCCUUUAUUGCUGCUUGCAUCAACGAGUACCUCUAGUUUCACCCUGUUUUUCAGAAAAUGCAUGAAGGAAUGAGAGAUAUCCUGGCUUCAUAAUCUGAACUUGACCGUUCAGAAAAUUCGUCUACACAUUUAUCAUUUGUUGUACUAUUGUUUGUCCACUGGCAGUUGGUGUAAGAACCAGAGUACAAGUUUAAUGGAACUUGAGAUGAAGCUGCUUUGCUGUAAUAUAAUUGUUCACGAGGUGUAGUGUGUAGUUAGGAUUACAAGU